AACUUAACUCACCUCAUCACCCCUUUCAAUUCAUCGAUCAGAAAACCAAAAAUUUCAUUUCAUCAAUCAUCAUGUUGAUUACUACCAAAACAACUAAUUCACCUGCUAGUGAUGAUGAGCUUAGUCUCUCAGUUCCAAUUCUAGAGAUCAAAACCCAAAAUGAUCAUGAUUUCAUGAACAUUAGUCCUCCUAAUCAUAACCCAAUAGAGGCUAGAAUUCUAUCUCCAAGGUACUCGAAAAACGUCACCGUCAUCGGAGGCGGAGGCGGUGUGGGUUUGGGUAUUGUUGCUGCACUUGACUACUUCAGUUGCACUGUUGACGGAGAAAAAACCGUGACAAAACUCACUUGCGGUACUAAUCGGUCCAAUCCGAUCGCCAUUUCCACUAUUAACAAGUAUACUAAAGGAUGUGAAGGUUUAAUAAGUCUAGAGAUGGCUACUAGUACUACUGCUGCGGCAGCAGCUAGUGUAAGAUCGAUGUAUUGUGAUGGAGGUAUUGAAGAUAUGAGAAAUCAAAGGUUAAAUAAAUGGAGACAAGUUGGUGUGUUUUAUGAAUCUCCGUCACCGGUAUUUUAUAAUAAUACAAAAAGCGCCGUUGCCAGAGAUUAUCCGCCGUCGGAUUUUCUUAGUUCAUGUUAUUUGUGUAGGAAAAAGCUGCAUGGGAAAGAUAUAUACAUGUACAGAGGAGAAAAAGCGUUUUGUAGUACAGAAUGUCGAUACCAACAAAUAGCUGCCGAUGAGCGUAAAGAUAAGAAGCGUCCUCGUCGUAGAAACAGUGUCUCGAGAUCAUCUUUCGAUGUAUCAUCAUCCGCCGGCGGCUCACUUUACUUGGAGGAUCAUCUUUUCUCUCCUGGAAUAAGGGCAGUAUAAUUUAUACGCAACAGGGCUCUGCGCACACUGAAAGACGAUCGGUUUAACAGAAAAUGGUUACCGCCUUACGGGAUAUAGGAUUAUGAUGCAGAGCAGAGUAAUGUUAAUGUAUGGCUUUCGCUUCGGAUCAGGCCUCAGGGAGCAAACAAAGAAAGUUUUGGUAAUGGUUGGAUUAAUGAAAAAUAUACAACUCUGUUAUAAACGUGUAAUUAUAUUAAGAAUAUCUCCAGUAAAUUUCGUUUAUUAUCGGGAUAUCUUUGUGUCUAGCUCUAUAAAUAGAGGCUUUAAUGUUUGUCUAUUGUAGUGGUGAAUAGAAUUUGUCUCUCCUUCUUCUUCCU